GGCUCGAUGGACCGCGGGGAUAAAUGCCGCGCGGUACAUUGGUUUUGGUUGAUGCCAGGCGUGCUAGCACUAGGGGAAGGAAGGAUGGAGGCAUAUUCGCGGGGAUUCGCUUCUCUGGCGUGUUCUUCGCUGCCCAGGAAUCUAAGCAGCGCUAGGGCUCCACCAUUCCAUUCCUCCGCGGAUUCCUUCCUUGGCUCCCGGAUUUCGAUCGUUCUUUUCUCGCGGGGGCGCCGCGGGGGCGUAGGGCGGCAGCCAUUGCGGACGCUGUUCAUGGCGCCCAGGGACGAUCUGGAGAUUGUUUCCGGGGAUGGGGAGCUGCGCAGCGAGAUCCUCCACAACAUGCCCACGGUGAAGAGGGGCAAGUACCGCGCGUUCCCGGUGAUUGGCAGCAACCGGCAUGUGGAGACCGUCUUCGCGGCAUUAUACCGCCAUCGGCCCAAGAUGAGGUUCCGGAGGGAGUGCUUGCGGAUGAUCGAUGGCGGCACUGUGGCGCUGGACUGGCCGGUCAUGGGCGAGGAUCGCGACGCCGCCAAGUGGAGAGAAAAGCUUCCAUCCGAUGCUCCAGUUCUCCUCUUCCUGCCAGGACUAACUGGAGGAAGCCAUGACUCGUACGUGAAAUACUUGGUUUCAAGAGUUCGAAACAUUGGAUGGCACACGGUGGUAUUCAACAGCCGUGGCUGUAGUGACAGUCCAGUUACGUCUCCAAAGUUCUACUCAGCUUCUUUCACAGAAGAUUUGAGACAAGUCGUGAGAUUUGUGGCGUAUCGUUUCCCCGAGUCGAGGAUCUAUGCGGUCGGAUGGUCGCUGGGGGCCAACAUUUUAGUGCGUUAUCUCGGCCAGGAGGGAGAAAAUUGUAUACUCAGUGGCGCAGUGUCCCUGUGCAAUCCUUUUGAUCUUGUGGUUGCAGACGAGGACUUUCGCAAAGGUUUCAACAACAUCUACGACAAGAGCCUCGCAACGAGCCUUCGGACAAUCUUUAGAAAGCACGCGGCCUUGUUUGAAGAGAUCGGUGGUGAAUACAACAUUCCUCUGGCUGCCAAUGCAAAAACCGUGAGACAGUUUGACGAAGGAUUAACUCGAGUUUCGUUCGGCUACAGGUCAGUGGAUGAAUACUAUGCCGAUGCCAGCAGCUCGAAAUCUAUCGAGCACGUCAAAGUCCCAUUGUUUUGCAUCCAGGCUGCCAACGAUCCUAUUGCUCCAAACCGAGCCAUUCCUCGUGCAGCAAUCAAGGAGAAUCGGAAUUGUUUGCUCGUGGUGACACCGAAAGGAGGCCACCUUGGCUGGGUCGCAGGCCAAAACGCCCCGUUUAGAAAUCCAUGGACAGACACCGUGGUGGUGGAGUAUCUGGAAGCAGUCGAGUCGCUCUACAGGGAUAGAAAAUCAAUCCAGAGAGAGCAAGUCUCGAGAAAAGAGGACGAUCACGUCGAGAUCGCUUGCGCCACCUAGAGCGACGCGGCUGCUCGUUCAUAGCUAUUGAUCGGUGUGUACAUAGAGACGAUUCUUUCAUUCAUAAAGAAGAAAAGCGAGAGCUUUCACGCAAA